CACCUAAUUCACAGUUGUAUCUCGUAUGUAAAGCAACUUCCAGACACCUCCUCGUGUCUUCCUCGUUUCUUUACACAUAAUUCUUCAAUGCUCCAAAAGAAAUAAAAAUUCCACCCUUGAAAUUUGCUAUUUGUUCAUUGUUGUUUAUUUGAUUUUCCUUUUCCUUUUUUCCUCCUAAUUUUCCAGAGAGAAUAAUCGUCAAAGAACGCGACUGAGAAAAAAAAAUCGGUUUAUUGAAUAUUGAUGAAGGUCUACUGUAACUUUUCCAGAUUGUAGUUUCAAGACAAUGGGUUCUUAUAGAAAAGCAAAGUUUGCAAUCAAUGCGUUUCGAGAUUUUGCCUCCAAGGUCAUAGCCCGAGCACCGAUUCGAGAGACAACGCAUGGAGGACUCAAGCAACCUACUCCGUCUUUGCUUUCUGGUACAAAUAACAAAAGCAGGGUCUCUGGGUUUUCUGUUUCAUCUUUAAUUUCCGGAAAACCUAAGUUCUAUGCUUGCGGGAAAAAGGACCUGCAGGAUGUCUACUUCAAUAGUGGGAAAAGAUUUUACUAUGUCGAUCGGUAUCAGGUUCAACACUUCAGACCGAGAGGGCCUCGCCGAUGGUUUGAUAACCCGAGGAACGUGCUGGUUGUUGUUGUGGUCGGUACGGGUGUUCUUGUUACUGUCUACUAUGGGAAUUUGGAAACGAUUCCUUAUACGAAGCGCACCCAUUUCGUUCUAUUGUCGAAGGGCAUCGAGAGACAGAUGGGAGAAGCUCAGUUCCAGCAGGUGAAGGCUGCAUUCAAGGGAAAGAUUCUCCCGGCGAUUCACCCCGAGAGUGUGCGUGUGAGGUUGAUAGCUAAAGACAUAAUUGAAGCGUUGCAGAGAGGAUUAAGGCAUGAGCAGGUGUGGAGCGAUCUUGGCUAUGCGUCGGAGAGUACUGGCAUGUCCGAAAAGAAUGCUCAAGAUACUCUGUUUGCAUUGAGUAGCGGUCCAGAAGGAAAAUUGGAAGAAGGGUGGAAUCGUGAGGACGAGAUUCUCGACGACAAGUGGGUUGAAAAGAGCCGGAAGAAGGGUCAGGUGCUGGGCUCACAGCCUGCGACACAGCAUCUGGAAGGAUUGAAUUGGGAGAUUUUGGUGGUGGAUGAUUCUGUUGUCAAUGCCUUCUGCCUCCCUGGAGGGAAGAUAGUAGUAUUCACGGGAUUGCUUAACCAUUUCAGGUCAGAUGCGGAGAUAGCUACCAUACUUGGACAUGAGGUUGCACAUGCUGUAGCUCGGCAUGCAGCGGAAGGGAUCACAAAGAAUCUGUGGUUUGCCAUCUUCCAGUUGAUUCUUCUCCAGUUUGUUUCCAUGCCGGACCUUGUGAACACAAUGUCACAUCUUUUUUUCAGGCUUCCUUUCUCUCGAAGGAUGGAAAUGGAAGCAGACUACAUUGGGUUACUAUUGGUUGCUUCAGCUGGAUAUGACCCACGAGUGGCACCUAAAGUGUAUGAGAAACUGGGAAAGGUCACAGGUGAAUCAUCUUUGAGAGAUUAUCUUUCCACUCACCCAUCUGGAAGAAAAAGAGCGCAAUUGCUGACCCAAGCCAAAGUGAUGGAAGAGGCAAUGUCUAUUUACAGGGAAGUUAGAGCAGGACGUGGUGUUGAAGGUUUCCUAUGAAAUUCUGUAUUCAUCCGGGUGAUGUAAAAGUAACAUGUCCAAUCAACUUGCUCAAAAUAAAAGCCAUGAAAGUGGUAAUCUUCACAUGGAGGGAGCAGGCUCUGGAUCAAAAAGUUUUCUGUGGGAGUCAAAUUGUGUUUAUCAGUUUAUGAUCAACCAGUAUAGAUCGCGUGCUACUUUCAGUUUUUCUUCCUCAUGCAAGAUGUGUAUUUACGUGGUUUUUUAUUAUCAAGUGUAAUCAUCGAUUGCGACCUGUGAAUUCUUUUUAGUCUGUUCUCCAUAUUUUCUGAAUUC